AUGAGCAUCCUCUUGUUUACCUAUUUAUCAUACCUCAUGGUUGGGGCAAUUAUAUUUCAAGUUUUGGAGGAAGACUUUGAGGUGGAUAUGCGACAGUUGGCAGUUAAACUGAAAAGUGAAUUUCUGACAAAUCGAGCUAAUAAAACUGAACAAGAGGUCGAAAUAUUUGUGCAGAUGAUGGCUUCUUUUGUAUUAUUAGGAAUACCUCCCACAGGAAAUAAAACUGAUGCUGUGUCUUGGACUUUUUUCAACUCAUUUAUAACUUCCAUAAUUAUCAUAUCUACAAUAGGUUAUGGAACAGUUUUUCCUAACACUCCUUAUGGACAACUGUUCUGUAUUGUCUUUGCUGCAAUUGGAAUUCCUCUAACUAUUAUAGUCUUUAAUUAUAUUAGUACAUUAGUUUUUCUGCCAUUUGAAAAACUUGGAGACUACCUUGAAUAUAAGGGUGUAAAUGAGAGAAAUAUUACUGUUUGGAAGAUAGUACUUUUCAUUAUAACUGGAACACUUUUAUUUCUGGUAUUACCACCAUUUGUUUUUAUGUCAUUAGAGAAUUGGACUUAUGUCCAAGGAAUUUAUUAUUCAUUCACCACAAUAAGUGCUAUUGGUUUAGGAGACUAUGCAACAGUUUCAAAUCCUUUGAAAGACAAUCAGAGCAUCACUUACUCAAUCUUAUUAUUAAUUUGGAAUACCCAUGGUCUGGUCUGGAUUGCUCUUCUAUUUAAUUUGAUAAUGAAGUUCUUUUAUGAAAUGGAAUUAAAGCUAACUGAGGACUCAUCUGAAGAACUCGGAGAAGAAGAGGAGACAGUUCCUGAAAAUCAGUUUAUUAAGUAGGUUUCUUCCAUGCAGACUUCAGAGGUUUCCACGGAGCCCCUUCAGGUGGGGUCAGACCAGGAAGGAGGACCAGGAAAACAACCUCCAUAAACCUCUCAUGUGAGUUGCCUUUCCACAUCAAAAUUUAACUUUGACUGUCAUUUAAAAAAAUAGUUUUGAAAUAUAAUGCAUAUCUCCACCUUUACUUGUCUACUUUCCCCACAUCAGGCUUUCUCCUUGGUGGAUCCGCACUGGCAUUUGUGUAAAUAGAAGCUUAUCCUGAAAACUGUUUCCAUG